AUGAGUACAAUAUUCUCCGAUAAGGACGUGGAAUUAAAUCCAUCAAAAAAAUUAGAAAUGCAAAAACAUUAUAGCACACCAUGUGAAACGUUCUUAAAAGAACGUAAGGAUGAUAAAGAAAAUCAGAAAUCUACGAUAACCAAUGAAAGCUCCAAACACCAACCGCGCAAUGAUCUGGACCAUUACAAAUUACAGCAGAAUAUUUGCAAACUGGACAAAUUAGGUAAAUCGAUUCAAUCUUUACCGGGUAAACGAGUACUGGACAAAAAUACGUAUGGGCGGUUAAAAAAUGCUUCUGUGGUGGUGACUGCGGAAGAACGGCAGAUGACUAUUCAACAGCAUAAGGCCAAUGAAGAACGGCUUAAGGCUGAAAGCGAAGCAAGGAAAGAACAAUUACAAAAAUUUAACAUGCUGACAAAAACUAAAGGGCCAAAACUUACUCAGUUAGACGAAGAAGCGAGCAAAAAGACCAACUAUCUACUGAAUAGAGCAUAUGAAUUAAGACAGGAACAAGAGUACGAAAUAAAACAAUGCAAUUCGUUAAUAUUGAGUACGAAAUGCCAUGCAAUUAGAUGUGCACAAAUUGAAGAAAAGAAACUUAUACAAAAAGAAAUGAAACAAGAACAACGCAGAUCGGAAGAAAUCAUGGAACAACAACGUUUAUUAGCAGCUAAGGAGUACAAAAAGGCAGUAGAAGCUGACAGAUUAAAAAAAAAAUUACAAGCGACAGAAAUAAUACAACAAAUGAAAGAAAAUGAGAUCACCAGAGAAUGGGAAGCUGCUAGAGCUUCAGAAGAUGCAAGGAUUCGUACAGAGGCUGCAAUCGAGGCUCAACGCGCCGAAGUGAUAGAUUAUAAGGAUAAAUUAAUAAAACAAGCUGAGAUGAGAAAAGAAUUUUUACAAAUUAAUGCACAGCUAAGAGAUUUAAAGACAAUAGAAAAAGAAUUAGUCAAAGUUGAAAUCCUACAGAUACAAGAAUACGAUCGAAAAAAGAAUGAACGGGAAAUGGCGUUUGAAGAGGAGGUGAAAAAACUUAAAAUGUCUAAAGAAAAAGAAAUCGCCAAGAUUCAAGCGAAUCAAAAAGCCUCGCAAGAUUUUCAGGCUGCUAAGGAUGAGCUGAACGCACUUCGAACACAAGACAAAGUAGAACGAGAGUGGCGACGUAAGGAACGCGAAGAGGCUAUUAAAAAGAUAAAACAAAAUGAAGAUUUGAAACAAGCUCGACAACAACAAAUCGAAGGACAAAGAGAAAGUUAUGCUUUUGAAAUACAAAGAGAGAAAGAAGAGUUUGACAAAAUUAUUAAACUAAACGUAGAGGAAAUUGAAAGAACCAAAGAAUUUGAUAGACAAACUAAAAUGAAACUCGAUAAACACAGGCAAAAUUUACUGAAGCAAAUUAGUGAAAAGGAAUUGGAAAGAAUUAAGGAAAGAAAACAAUUUUUCCAGGAAGGUGUCAUAUACCAACAAGAUGAAGCUGCUAGAGAAAAAGCAUUACGUGCUACAAUGCAAAAGAAAGUCGAAGGACUUAGGGCAUAUAAAUUACCGACCAAGUAUGUGCAAGGCGUCGAGAGACAACUAAAAUUAAGAGACUGA